UCUCUCUCUCUCUCGUGUCUAUUUCUAUUGUCUCAAUGGACUCGAGUACCUCCAUGCUUGUGAGCUCAGCAUUGGAGCGCAAUGAUCAUAAUGCUUCUAUUUCCGACCUACAUUUGCUAAAACAUACUAGCGUACCAAAAGAAUUUUUGUGGCCCAAAGGGGACUUAGUUCAUGCUCAUGAAGAACUCAAUGAGCCAGUGGUGGAUCUCGAGGGAUUCUUUAGUGGCGACGAGCUUGCAAUGCAGCGUGCUGCCAAGCUGAUAAGCGCAGCAUGCUUGAGCCAUGGUUUCUUCCAAGUUAUCAACCAUGGUGUUGAAGCGCAACUACUUAACCAAGCGCAUGAACAUGUGAAUGCUUUCUUCAAGCUACCCAUUGGCAAGAAACUAAUGGCUCUAAAGAAACCUGGUAGGCCAUGGGGCUAUUCCGGUGCUCAUGCCGAUCGGUUUUCAUCCAAGUUACCUUGGAAGGAAUGUUUAUCUUUUGGCUUCCAUGAGAAUGGCUCGGAUUCUGUUGUCACAGAUUUCUUCGAAUCGGCCUUUGGCAAAGAAUUGGAGCACACCGGAAUGCUUUUUCAGAAAUAUUGUGAAUCGAUGAAAAAGCUCUCUCUCUCAAUCAUGGAGAUAUUGGGGAUUAGCUUGGGAGUCGAUCGUUUGUUCUACAAAGAUUUCUUCCAAGAUUGUAGCUCUAUAAUGAGAUUGAAUUACUAUCCAUCUUGCCAAGAGCCAGGCCUUGUCCUUGGCACCGGACCUCAUUGCGAUCCAACCUCCUUGACCAUACUUCAUCAAGAUCAGGUUGGAGGAUUAGAAGUGUUUGUGAACAACAAAUGGCUGUCUGUUCGCCCUAGACAUGAUGCACUGGUUAUCAACAUUGGUGAUACCUUCACAGCAUUAUCAAAUGGAAGAUAUAAGAGUUGUGUGCACAGAGCAGUGGUGAACAGUAACAAGGACAGGGUAUCGUUGGCGUUUUUCAUGUGCCCUAGCGAAGACAAGGUGGUAAAACCUCCGGAGGAUCUUGUGUGCAGAGAAGGGCCAAGAAAGUACCCAGACUUCACGUGGUCAGAUUUGCUCGGAUAUACACAAAAGCACUACAGAGCCGAUAAUGCUACCCUCCAAAACUUCACUGCAUGGCUCCUAUCUUCAAAAAGCACCUAAAUACUAGCUUCUCACUCUCUCUCUCUCUCCCUAUAUAUAUAUAUAUAUAUAUAUUCAUAGUAAAUUAAUAUUUUUGUUGCUUGUUUUAUUGGCUCUUCUUGGCAGCUCCAUAGUUCACUUGUCAGGUCAUGUGGCAGUUGGAUUGUUCUCUGCUGUUGGUUUCUGUUUGCUGAGCAGUUCCUGCUGGUUUGGCUCUCUUGUUGUUGGUUGUACUCGUUCCGUUUGUUCUCUUGUGAACUCUUAUCUUUCCCUAGCUUCAGCUGGUUUUCUGGGGGAUGCCCCUGUGCUUUGUUUAAUUUCUUUUCCUAUGUAAUAUAUAUUUACCCUUUACCCAGAAAAGGAAAAAUCUGUUGCAGUGUCAAAUGAAGUUAUAUUGUGUUUUUUAA